GUUAAUUUGAUAAAUUGUUGUUGUAACAUCAACAACGGUUACUAUUAAGAACAAUUAAUAAAGUAAAAUUAUCCAUAUUUAUAUAUUGUUUAAAGUAACGAAAACAUUAUUCAUAAUGAAGACAAUAAUUAAACUAAUUGCUUUCGCUGGAUUACUAUCAGUUUGCUUGGGAGCAGUUUCCUUUCCGAAAUCAUUUCUAAUCCGAUUAUGUGAAACUGCUCAAGAAGCUCGUAAAUUGGGCUAUGGUCAAGAUCAAGUUCAUCAAAAACUUAUGAACGAUGUAAAAGUUUUCCUUAAAACGAGAUACGGUUUUCGAGGUGAUAUGCCAGAUAGUACCUCUGUCAUGAUGAGUGCCACUAACAAUGGGGUCGUUCAAAUUGUUAACGUCAUGAAUAUGCAAGCAAUGGUAACUGCUUCCGCUGGUUUUAUGAGUCCGUUUCAAUCAAUGCUCGAUAAUCUUACCGGUGCUAAUUCUACAAGUCCAAAGCCAUUAGAAAGUUCAUCGCUUAUUCCAACUCUUCCUGAUAACGUUUUCGAUGGACUUACACCUUCAUUGGUUAAUUCAACUUUCCCAAGUUUCCUACCAAAUAAUUUCUUUGAUAAACCUUCAAAUGCCAAACCACAAGGAUCUACAACAACCACAACCACCACCACAACAACAGCAGAAACUUUAAUCGUUUCUGAAUCUCAACCAGAAACUGAACCAGAAACUGAACCAGAAACUGAACCAGAAACUGAACCAGAAACUGAACCAGAAGCUGAAUCAGUUACUGAACCAGAAUGGGAAUCAACAACUGAAUUUAUCUCAAUCCCUGAAUCAUCUUCAGAAACUUCAGAAUAUUGUUCACAAAUUGAUUAUCCUGGGGAGUUGGACAUUAAUGAUACAACUGAAGUUAAAAAAGCUUACCUUAGAAUUAUAAUUAGCAGAAUUAAAUUAAACGAAAAACAGGUUAAAUCCUUUGAGAAAAAAUUUCAAGAUUAUCUAGCUAACUCAAUUAACUAAUUGUAAUAGCGUUUACAAUUAGUUAAUUGUUUACCUAAAUACAGCAAACAUCCAAGAAAAACAUUUAACAAAAAAAACAGAUACAAUAAAAAAAUACAGUUGAAAAAGUGAAGAAAAAAACAAAAUUAAAUCUUAAUUGUGAUUUAUUUCAUUAUAAUGAUCAUGUUAUUCAAAAAUGUUACAAUCAAAUUUAAUCCAAUUGAUUGACAGUAAUUGACAAUUUUCUCGUGUUUAUCAACAAUCAACAAUAAAUAUCAUCUUACAACAAACAAA